ACUGUGAAGUGCACUCUAAGCAUUUUCUUGCACAUUCUCAGAUUUUCUUACCCAAACAGAAAGAAAAACAACAUGGGUUCUGAAGGAUCCAUUAACCUCCCAAUGAUUGAUUUCUCUCGCUCAGAAUUAAGGCCAGGCUCCAGCACCUGGGACUCGGUGAAAUCCCAAGUAGCAAAAGCUGCUGAGGAGUAUGGUUGCUUCCAGGCUCUGUUCAACAGAAUUCCUCAUGAGCAACGAAAAGGAAUGAAUGGAGCAAUGGAAGAGCUGUUGCAAUUGCCUUUAGAAACGAAACAGCGCAAUGUUUCUGAAAAACCUUUUCAUGGUUAUCUUGGAUCAUCUUCAGCGAAGCCAUCAAUCUAUGAAGGCCUGUGCAUAAUUGAACCUGGAAUCUAUGACAACGUCGAGAGUUUCACCAAUGUCUUGUGGCCUGAAGGAAACAUAAAAAUAAGCAAAACUCUGCAUUUGUUCUCUCAACCUGUGGUGGAAUUAGAUCAAACAGUGAGAAGGAUGAUUGUGGAGAGCCUGAAUGUUGAGAAAUACUUGGAUGAGCACAUGAACUCGACUUACAAUCUUCUCAGGGUGGCCAAAUAUGAGGCACCCCAAACUACAGAGAAAAAGACAGGGCUCAUGGCUCACACAGACAAGAACAUAAUAAGCAUAAUCUGCCAAAACGAGGUUGAUGGGUUAGAGAUACAAACCAGAGAUGGAGACUGGAUCCCUGUGAAGUUUUCACCAGAUUCAUUUUUCAUCAUAAUCGGGGAAUCUUUCCAGGCGUGGACGAAUGGUCGACUGUAUAGCCCAUACCAUCGAGUUAUGAUGAGUGGAAGCAAGACAAGGUACUCUGCUACGUUCUUUUCGACCCCAAAGGAAGGCUACAUAAUAAAAGCUUUAGAAGAGCUAGUGGACGAAGAGCACCCCUUGCUGUAUAAGCCAUUUGAUUACAGUGAAUAUCUUAAACGCCGUUUUGCAGAUCAUGGGAAGAUCAAAACUGUUCCUGCUCUGAAAAAUUAUUUUGGGGUCUAAUAUAUUUUCGCCAUGUUAAUUCUGAUUCAAGGGUGAAGUAAUGUCUAUAAUUAUUGCAUCUUCAAUUUUAUAUUAUCAGUCAUCAUUAAUAAAAAUUUAUACCCAGUUGUGAAUU